CUUCACCUAAACCACCAGUGUAGUUUCAGAGUUGUUUUUUUUUCCAUACCAUUAAAAACAUAUCUAAUAGCCUGAAAAAUGAGAUGGGUUUUACUUCCUGACACCAAUCUCAAUCUGAGAUACAAGGCCCUUGAUGGAUUUCAUCUUUUGGUUGCUAGGGCUCAUAUUCAAGUUCAUUUCCCUAGGGCUGAGUCAAUGAAACCUCAAUGAAAAUCUUUAACAAAUAAUCACAUGUUAUAUCACAAAGGAACAUAUUUUUGUGUCCUUUUCAAUAAACGAAAUCAAUGGUUUUCAAGAUGAAACAAAUAUCUAAAUUUGUGGAUAGGAGACUGUCCUUGUAAUAACUCCACUGGCACAGGGAGGUAUUGGGUUCACAAGAACAAUUACCUGCCCUUAGCACUAUGAAUUUUCCAACUUACUAGUAUGGCAAUAUGAUUCUGUGGGCUUUUGUUUGUCAUUUUAUAGAUAAUAGAGAACCUUCUUUCAUAAGAAAAUGAUCUGCAUACAUGUGAUAUGUCUACUCAUGACACACAAUGCUUUCUUAUGAGUAAAAUAUGAUGCUAUUCAACACCAUGUGAAUCUGCUUUUGGUAAUAAGCCACUGAUUUCUCCUUAUCCAUAGCUGCUGAUUUUGAUGUCGAAUUGUGGGGACAGUUUUUUAAUGAAUUUGUGUAAUGCUGACUCACACUAGCUUAAAUUAUUAGUAGUGAUUUAGUGGCUUAUACAUGCACAUAGGACAUAUCCUCUCACCAUCAAUUCCUUCCCUUGAAUAGUGAAGCAUAGGCAAAAGCAUCAAGAUCAUCUUGAGCAGAAGGCAAGAAAUGGAUUUUGACUCUAGUUGCAAGAACAAAAAAACUGCAAAUGAAUCCAUGCUGAUAUGCUGCAUGCUCUUCAUCUCUGAAGCACGUAACCGUGCAGCUCUGGACUUAAUUGAACGAGCUGCUAGGAUCGACCCAGAAAGUGUCAUUGUAAACAAAUUUGAGGACCGAGUUUAUAAUAGGAUCAGGUUCACUAUUGUAUCAUAUGUUGUUGUUGAUAGCACUGGUAGUCCCAUUUAUAGUCCAUUGCACCAAACUGUACUAGCCAUUGUUGAGGCUGCUUACGGAGCCAUUAACCUAGAGUUGCACUCUGGCGCACACCCUCGACUUGGCGUUGUAGAUGAUAUUGCUUUCCACCCUAUGGCUGAAGCAUCACUGGAUGAAGCAGCCUGGCUUGCUAAGGCUGUGGCAGCAGAUAUUGGCAGCAGAUUUCAAGUGCCGGUAUUUCUUUAUGCUGCAGCACACCCAACAGGCAGGGCCCCGGACACAAUCAGGCGUGAGCUAGGCUACUACAGGCCAAAUUUCAUGGGCAGCCAAUGGGCAGGGUGGAACAUACCCGAAAUUCUCCCAGAAAAUCCUGACCAUGGUCCAAACCAUGUGUCUCGGACCAGAGGAGUCACACUGAUAGGGGCACGGUCAUGGGUCACAUUAUACAACAUUCCCAUCAUGUGCACCGAUGUUUCAACUGCUCGACGGAUAGCACGCAUGGUAAGUGCUCGCGGUGGUGGACUCCCAACAGUACAAUCGUUGGCCCUAUUUCAUGGCGAUGAUUCAGCUGAGAUUGCUUGCAUGCUCUUGGAGCCUAAUCGGAUUGGCCCAGACAGGGUGCAAGCACAGGUUGAGAUGUUGGCAGCUCAAGAAGGGUUGGAUGUAGAGAAGGGCUAUUUCACUGAUCUUUCACCAGAAAUGAUUGUGCAAAAGUACAUGAAUUUAAUCUCUGCUAGGAGAGACUGAUCAAACACUCGUUUGGACAUUAAACUGAUUAUCAAAUUUCUGCUGACCAUAAUGGUCAAAGAACAUAACCAAAUAACAUAAACUGAUCAACUGUUUAAAUCUUAA